CCCGCGGGCUACAACUUUUACAAAGAUGGCGCCGAUUUUGUUUUUGCAAAAGUAACAUCACAAGUCCGCGAUAUUUGUCGGAUAAUUCUCAACUGAGAUGGAAAAUAUUCAAGCUGUGGAAUAAAGCAGAUAUACCUGAAGAUCUGGUUUUGUAGAAUAGUACUAGAAUGUCUCGGGUUCCGGGAAAGCUUCGUGGUGCUGUGGAGUCAACGGUCAGGAAAGCUUACGGAGAAACUGCUGUAGUCUCCAGUUUCAAAAGCAAAGUUGUUCAUCCCCGCAACCCCAAACUUGUAAAGACAAGCGUAGGAGAUGACAAGCAAGCGCCAUCAGCAUAUAUGGCUGAAAUGCAGCUUACCACAGACGAGAGGCUGAAGCUGACGUAUGAGAUGAGGGUGCCUCAAAUCAUUGAACUCCUGGAUAUGUCCGAACAGACGCUUCAAAAGUUCACAACCAUGGAUAUCCAAGAGCCGAUCUUUCAACCUUUCCCAUCUGACAUAGUCUUCCAGAACUUUGAGCCAUACCAGACACACGAGGUUCCGUUGCAGCUGAGGAAUAGAGACAAAGUGGCUCGUCUUGUGAAGGUCACCCAGACAGACUCACCUUACUUCAAGAUCAUCAGUCCUCAUGAUGUCGGCCACAAGGUGGCGCCAGGGAUGGACACAACCUUCAUUAUACAGUUCACGCCAGAUGAGAAAAAGGACUACACCCAUGAGUUAAUAUGCAUCACAGAGAGAGAAAAGUUCCUUGUUCCUGUCAAGGCCAUCGGAGCAAGGGCCAUCUUGGAUUUCCCAGAUGACAUUAACUUUGGGGGUGCUCCAGUCAAGAGCACAACUACCAAAACCCUACUAGUACGGAACAUUGGUAACAAAGAGGCAAGGUUCCAGCUAUUGGUGGAGGAGCCAUUCUUUGUGACUCCUGAGAGUGGACGUCUGCCUAUCGGAGAGAGCUUGCAGAUUCACGUGGACUUCAAAGCCAUGCAAACUGGAGACCACAACAGUAACAUGAUUCUGCAUUAUGACACAGGUGAAGAUGUCUACAUCUCACUCUAUGGAGCCGCCAUUGACUACAACAUUAGAUUGGACAAGAAUACAUUGAAGAUGGAAAAUACAUUUAUCACCAGCGCUUCCAGAAGAGCUGUUACAAUUUCCAACCGGAGUGAUAUCAUGGUCCAUUACAAGUGGACCAAGUUUGCUACCUUGAGAGAGGAACAGCAACAAAAAGACAGGUUCUACAUGGACUUGAGGAUGCAGGAAGGUACAGAGAGGGAUAUUUUCCUGGAAGAGUGCCUAAGUGAUCUAACAAUAAGAGACCAGCUGUCAGUCAUUUCCAGGAAGUACAAGAACCAAGUCCAGGUUCUGAAUGAUGAUAAGCUGUUGUUUGAUGAUGACAUUAUCACUGUUGAUCCAGUAGAAGGGGACAUCUGGCCAAACUCUCAAGCAGAGAUCGAGAUCAUCUUCAAACCACAAGAGUCACACAGCUAUGCCCGUACCCUGUACUGUGAUGUGUCUGGGAGGGAGUCCCGCCUUCCCCUGCGUGUCAGGGGUGAGGGAAUAGGCCCUCGUGUGCAGUUCUCUUUUGACACACUGGACAUUGGUAAUGUUUUUGUGAACUCCAAGCACUCCUAUGAGGUUGUGAUUGCAAACAAGGGGGACAUAGAUUCUGUGUUUAGUUUGUUGUCUACCAACACGCUGUUUGGACCACAGUUCACAUUCUCUCCAUCCCAAGGGAUUGUUAUACCAGGAAGCUACCAAGCAAUUGAGAUCCACUUCUGUUCGCCAAUUCUCGGAGACUUUGAUGAGUUAUUCUCUUUCGCGAUUGAAGGAUCUCCUGAGAAACUCAAGCUCAACAUAAGGGGCUCUGUGAUUGGCCCAACGUUUCAUUUCAACGUUCCAAAGCUGAGGUUUGGCACAAUUUCCUAUGGUUUUGUUAACACCCUUACCUGUGUUCUUGUCAACACCUCUCUUAUUCCCAUGACCUUCACCCUGCGAGUACCAGCUGAUGGAGGUGCCAGGGAUGGCUCGAUCGGCGACAGCCUGGUGGACAGCAACAUCAGUGACACCGGGAGCACUGUAAUGCCCGCACCCAAAGAGUUUGACAUCACUCCAUACAUAGGGACGAUUGCUCCACAAAGUGAGAUGGAGAUCAAGGUUGACUUCGUGUCUACUACAGUGAAGAAAUAUGAUAUCUCCCUAGUUGUGGAUGUUGAGGGUGUAGGCGAAGAGAUCCUGUCACUUCCUAUUGUAGCAAAGUGCGUGGUGCCUUCCAUCACACUGCUCUCCCCCAUCUUGGACUACGGACGUUGCUUCCUGCAUCAUCCCUACGAGCUGCCGGUGCAAUUAAUGAAUGAUACAGAUCUCCCGGCCAAAUACGAGCUUCUCUCGCAGGUUGUUGACGACGGCACACCAAUCCUCUAUUCAAGCCCCGAGCCUAAGGGUGUGAUCCAGCCUCACUCGACCAAGGAUGUUGCGCUUCAGAUCACAGCAGAAUGUCUGGAGGAGAUCGGUACAACAGCCUUCUUUAUGAUCUUCGGCAGCGGGGAUCAGCCAUUGGCGGUGAUGGUGCAUUGUGUUGGCGAGGGCCCCGUGGUCCACGUUACACCCACCCAUAUCGACUAUGGUACCAUCUCUGUGCUCAGCCCUGUCACCAAGACUGUAAGGCUGUCCAACGAGUCACUCAUCCCAGCACAGUUCUCUUGUUGCAUGGUCCGUCCCAAUUCAUUGUUCUCCGUGGUUCCCGAGCAAGGUGUAAUUGAACCAGAAGAAGUGCUUCAACUCACAGUUACAGCGAACGUGGACGAUACUGUCAGGUUCCAGGACAAGCUUUCAAUCAAUGUCAAUGACAGCCAGAUCCAGACUGUGAGUCUAACAGCCUAUGGUUCCGGCACCACCAUAGUAAGCGACCCGCCCUUGGCGCCUGCAGUGAACCUGGGUCCUCAAUUCAGCUGUCAGCCAUGCACCAGGCAGUUUGUGUUGACCAACAACGGGCGUCGCCCUCAGCAGAUCUACUGGACCACAGAGGGCUUCCAUCCGUACAAGGCCAAGAAGAGAUCAGACUACAAUCCUGAUGAUAUGAGAUACCAGGGAGUAGCCCCUCCAGUGGACCCGCCCAAGCCCGUUUUCUCGCUUACCCCAGACCGCAUGGUACUACAUCCGGGAGAGAGCCAGGAAGUUACCCUAAAGGGAUACUCCAACAAGCCCCAGAAGGUCAAAGAGCGCAUGAUCUGUCACACAAUCAUCGGUAACAGUACGGGCAAGGAGAAGAUCAUGAAGGUGGAUGUGACCGCUGACUUCAUCAGUCCGCUGCUCGAGUUCUCACAGAGGGAAGUCAACUUCUGUGUUAUGAAGUAUCCCGAGAGUGACCUCGAGCUGGAGACAAAGCAAGUGAUGAUGCAUAAUGUCUCGUCUCUACCACUUAACGUACGGCUGAAGACAAUGCACCCCUUCCAGCUACUGGUGGACGACGCACGCUGGGCCCCACUCAACAGACAAGCGUCUGAGGCGACGCUGUCUCUAGAAGUGGACGAGAGUGUUCCCGUCCUGAUCCAGUUUGAUCCCUCCUACAAGGAAGAUAGUGAGACUCGUGUCGCUGAAGGCUUUUUGGAGCUCGCAUUUAUGGAACACCCGCAAAUGGAUUUUGUGAAGCUUAUAGGGGAGGUGUUCUUCCCCAAUCUGACGUUUGAAAUGAAGGAGGUGGAUUUCGGGUGCAUUCUGAAUGACACCGAAGUCACCAAGAUCGUGACUGUCACCAAUCACAGCCCGAUGGACGUCAAGUACCAGUGGUGCUUCAUAGACAGCACGGUGGGCUUCGAGAACAAAGAUGAGGACGAAGGAAUUGGUGGUGACGUAGAAGAUGACGUCCAAGAUCAGGCCGUCGAGGAGGAGGCGGCGGAGGAGGACCGAGAUUCGGCUGGAGGUAGCCCAGCACCUUCAUCUGAGGGAUCUAUGCCACCUUCGGCCGAGCGCACAGUAGCCGUGCAGCACCCGCCAGGACCAUGGGGGCACCAUGAGUUCCACCCCAUGACCAUAGGAAUCGAGGAGGUAUUCGACAUCUUACCCCUGUAUAGCACUCUUCAUUCAAUGGAGUCCCAGAAAAUCCAGUUCACAUUCUACGGACACGCCAACAUCAGUUCGUAUGCGGUGGCACGCUGCUCUGUGUACGGUGGUCCGGACUACAACAUCAAGCUCAGCGGACAGGCCUCUCUGGUCCAGUACUUCUUUGACAGAAAGACGGUGGAUUAUGGAAAACAGCUGUACGACCAGAUCGCCGUGGCAGAGAUCGUUCUUCACAACACUGGCAAAGUGGGACUAGAUUUUGUUCUUCUGAACGUCGAUUCGGAUGCCAGGCCACUUCCGGGCUCACCGAACGUCACACCCGCUCAAGGGCAUAUUCCUGCUUUCAGCAAACAGACCCUGCUUGUCCGGUACCUCCCAGGUGUCCCGCAGACCUUUGAGAAGAUGUUCCAGGUGCGAGUGGCGCAUUUCGAGCCUGAUCAGAUCACUGUGUGUGGCGAGGGCGUGUUCCCUCGCAUUAUGCUCGACCUUCCACCCGACCAGUCAGAUCCGCGCUACCAGGAGCUCGCCACCGAGGCGCGGGAAAUCCUAGCAAAGGAUGACAAGCAGAAGCCACAGCUGCCUGAGGAAGCAUCUUUCAGUGCUCUAGCACAUGCGGUAGGAGACCUGAGCCUGCAGAUGGAAAUCGAGCGGUUGCUUGUCAAACAGUAUGCGUUAGAGCUGCAGAGUGUUACGCGCACACAGUCCCACAUUCAAACCGCGAGUACUACCAAGCCUGCCAAGAAACAGAAACCAAGGGCACAGCUGAUCAGCUACCUACUGGACUUUGGUUACGUUGUUUUCGGAACCGUGCGAUCCCACGUCAUCCGAGUCACCAACAAUGGUUUCUUUCCCGUCUCAUUUGCGCCAGACCGCAAGGCGCUUCACGGUACGGGCUUCAACGUGGAGCUGGACCGAGUGCGCAACCUUCCAGGCAGUCCCGACCAUGAGAGUAUUGAGUUUAUGGUAACUUUUGACCCGAGAUCUGCUGGACUUUCCAUGGGACCCGUAGAUGCACAGGUUCCAGUAAUAACUCUUGGGGGACCCCUCUAUGGCUUGCGCCUGAAAGCCAUUGUGACCAUGCCAGAUAUGAGUAUAUCCACGGACACUUUGGACUUUGGUACCGUGGAGUGUGGCCAGUGCAAAGUUAUGACCAUACAGCUUCACAAUCAGCAGCCUGUCAGAUGUGACUGGACUUCCGAUCCACCGGACGAGAAGCAGAAAAAGUCAGACAAGUUGAUUCCCCUCCAUCUGAGGAAGAAACUACGCUCAGGGAAACCUCAACCUAAGCACUUUGAGGUGAUGCCGCCCGUGGGCAGUCUUCAGCCUGGUCAGCGGAUUAAUGUUCAAGUCAAGUUUAUGCCUACAGAAGAGACUUCGUACAGUCAGCGGGUGGUGAUCCGUAUCGCGCAAAGCGCUAGCCGUCACAUGAUCAAUGCCACAGGCCAGGGUAGCGAGCCCAAGGUAGAGUUCAGCUCGUCUUUGAUCGAGUUCGGCCCAGUCCUCCCACACUCCUUGGGCGAUGAACAAGAGGUUGUGAUCAGGAACCCCUGCCGCUUUCCGAUAGAGAUCUACUCGCUGGAGUUCGACAAGCAGUAUCUGGAUGAAGAAAAGAUGCUUCGUACAAUGAAAGGUUAUGACGAGUACAACACAAUCUUGCUACCGCCACGCCAACCAGGAGGCAAGCUACCCAAGGAGGUGACAGAUGCGUACGAGGAACUGCAGCAGAAGAAGGAGGCCGAGGAGAAGGCGCAGCAGGAGGCAGCCGCCAAGCUUCAGGCAGAGAAAGACGAGGAGGAGGGGUCAGAAGCACCCACAGCACCCGGUCUUGCCACCCUGCCUCCGACCCCAGGGGUGAACGAGAAGCCCCCUAGCGAGGAUGGGGACGACGCCAGCAGCCUUGGUGUGGGGGAACUUGAGAUUACCCCAGUCUCCGCCGCCAUCGCUCGCUACCUCGGCAUUGAUCUGACUGCCGAGGGUAAGGCUGCACGUAACCGCCGAGGUAUAGCUCUGAUAGUUCAUGGUGCGCCUCUCUCCGGUAAGACUGCUACCUCGGUCAGCCUGGCAAGGAAGUACGGAGCUGCUCUGUUGACCGUUGACAGCGUCGUGAUCGAAGCGAUCUCCACGGGGUCAUCUUCUGCAGCCCGUCGUGCCAAAGAAUUGUGCGCAGCGGCCGCCAGAUCAGCCAAAGAAGCCGAGCAAGCAGCCGAGGCCAGUCAAGCACAAGCCCCGGGCAGCCUUAGCGUUGAGGCAGUGGCUCAACUUAGUGCCCAGGGCGCUCCUCCUUCCACCACCGGCGGGUCAAUCAUCGGGGUCUCCUCCUUCAUGGGAAGGGAGGGGAGGAAGACCUCUACCAUUGGUGGCCCAACUAGCGUGCGAGGGAUGAAGGGCGUACCGCAAGUGCAACAGCCCUCACCGCCGGCAACCCCGCCCAACGCUGCCCCUAUCGGCAGGAAGUUGAGCGUCAGUGCGAGUGUCGGGGGAGAGGAUGGUUUGUUCAGCUGUGUGUUACCUGAAGACCUGCUUGUGGAGUUGCUUGCUGAGAGGAUGUUGCUAAGCGACUGCCAUCGCGGCAUUGUGAUUGACGGACUGGAAUCCCUGUUCAGUCCCAGCAUGGCAGCGACCUCAAUAGCCCUACUCCGCGCUAUCAACAACCGCAAGUACAUCUACUUCGUGACGCUGCUGCUGGACCAGGCCAGACUCAAAGUCGUCGAGGAGAAGCGCAAGGAGGAAGAAGCGAAACAGCGCAAACUUGCCGAGGAGGAAGAGAAGCGUCGCCUUGAAGAGAUGAGCGAGGAGGAGUAUGACGCGCUGACGGAUGAACAGAAGGCAGAGGUGGACCGCAAGCACCUGGAGCAGAAGAAACAGCGUUUGAAGCGCGAGAUGGAGCGUCAGGAGAAGGAGAGGAAAGAGAAGGAAAUGCAGGCACUGCUGGAGGAGAAACGGCUAGAGGAAGAAAAGAACGCCAAGCGCAAGCGCCCUGGACAGCAAGGCGGACCGGGCUCCAAAGAGAAGAAAGGGCACGAGGAAAAGAAGGAAAAGAAACCAGAGAAAAGCAGUGACAAGUUGUCAUCUGGGCGCGUAACGGCCGUGGCGUCCCAAGCGCAAAAUCUCGAGGCUCAGACACGAGGGGGGGCUCCCUCUGUCAUAUCCGAGCGAUCGGACAGCAGUGACGUCAUUGACGACAAGAAGAAGCUGGCGGCAAAGGCAGGGAAGCACCCGCGCAUGUCUUCUGGCGUGAUACCGCCAGCUGCUCCCGCGAUCGAAGAGCCAAAACCUCUGACUGAAGAAGAGGAGCGUGAAAAAGAACUCCAUAAAAAGUUUACCUUAUUUGAGGCAAGUCUCCGGGAGAUCGACAAUGUUUUGCAGCACUGGGACCGGUCCACUGGCACGGUCAACCGGCCAGACUCGCCGAAAUCGGACAUCUUUGAAUUGGAUCUUGUGCCUCAGCUUGGAUCAAAGAAAUUUAAGGACAAGAAAGACAAAAAGGAGGAGAAAGAAAAAGAAAAGGAGAAGGCAAAGGAGCACGUCCCUGAAUCCCCGCUAUCUGGUGUGAGUGGCGAUCAUGAUGAUAACGAAGAUGCUUCCAAAAAAGAUGGGCUUGGGGUGCCCAACGUGAUGACCGACGUGAUGCAACCCCAGGAGUGUGCAACUGAAGUCGUCAUGUCUAAGGGGAUCCUACCAACACCUAUUGAGGUUUUGGAUGGCCUUGGUUUGGGUGAACAUGGUCCUCCCAUACCCCCACCAGCCUCGUUUUCCGUCGUGCCGUAUCCGGUGAGGCGUCGGGCGCCACUUGGCUCUGACCCGCCAUCUCAUUACAUCUUCAUCGCGAAUGGACCUGACGACCCGAAUGCUCCUCAGGGGGAGAAACCUAAGGAGCCCGAGCCAGAAGCUGAUAAGCCUGCUGAGAAAUCACAGGAGCACAGUCGAAAGAGUCAGCGCGGACGCGAUAAAGACGACCGCGAAAGCGGCGCUAAGUCUCGUCGUGAACGUCAGAGCUCGGCCAGGAAGAGCAAGGGGGGAGCUCACGGUGCAACCUCCCCUCCCCCCACCGUUGCGCCUCAAGUAGACGAAGACAAGACUGACGGUCCCCAGACCGCCCCACAGCUUGCUUCCCAUCGCUGGGUCAUCGCCGCCAACGAGUCCGUCACGUUGAGGGUCCGAUUCCGCUCGGAAGAGCUCGGCCAGUUCGACCAGACGCUCAACUUCGAGCUCGUGGGCACGCGCCGCCGCUACCAGCUGUUCUGCCGCGGCGUGUGCGCCUUCCCCGCGAUAAGCCGAGAGCCCAGGGUGGUGUUCCCCCACCGCAGGAAGUACCGCAAGCCCGAGGAGAUCUGCCACAAGAAGUACAUCCUUAGCAGUGAGACGUUUGAGUUUGGUCCUUUGCUAUGCGGUAAAACACGUGACCGCUACAAGGAGGGACGGUACCCGGAGAACUUCGAGAAGCUCACCAUUCAGAAUACGUCUCCGCUAGAAGCAGAGUUGAACUUCUGCUUCCAGAACGAUAGCUCUGCAGUCACGUUCAUAUUGGACCCGCCCAACAUGACGCUCAAACCAGGAGAAAGACAGGACCUGCUGGUGUGGGCGUACCCCAAGACCACAGGGGUCUUCGAGGACGCAGUAGUGUGCUGUAUCAGGGAGAAUCCAGAGCCGGUCGUGUUUAAGAUUUCGUGCUCCGGGGUGCGACCUGAACUCGAACUUGACCGCAAACAGCUGCAGUUUGACCGCGUCCUUUUACACAGGAAAGACACGCGUACCAUAUUCCUGCGCAACAGCACGCUACUUCCCGUAUCGUGGCGUAUAAACGGCAUGGACAACUUGGGCGACGACUUUUCGCUCACCACCGAACACGGCGUGAUUGAGCCCAAGUCCGAGUACGCCUUGCAGAUGCACUUCCGCGCCGUGCGGCCCACCAAUGUCAAGAAGAUAGUGCGGCUGGAGGUGUCGGACGUGGAGCAGAUUAUGGGCCUUGUGCAGGCUGAGAACAUCCAGGUCCACGCGGAAGCGUACGAUGUUGCGCUUGAUAUGAGCUUCCCUAAAGGUGCUGAUGGCGGACUGGACUUCGGCGUCCUUAAAGUCAUGGACGAGACCAAGCAGACUUGUUCGUUGAAGAACAAAGGUCGCUUUGAAAUAAACUUCAACUUCGCGUUUGAGCCGACCGAGUCGUCACCUCCCAACAUCCAGGAUUUGUUUACUGUGAUGCCAAACCGCGGCCCACUGCUACCAACAGACAGACCCACCCAGGUGCAAGUGAUCUUCCGUUCCAAGGGCGAAAUCAGCAUUAAGGACCAGCCCAUACUGAAAUGCCAGAUCAUCGAACCACACCUUGGCGAUGCAGGAGAGGUGAUCGCAAGUAUCCCCGUCAAGAUCGCAGUGCGGUCUGUCUACAGCAAGUACGCAAUUUUUCCCAUGAGCGAUAUCAACUUCGGGGCUAUGCUCGUCAACACCAAACGUACGCUGCUCUUCACCAUUGAAAACAAGGGCGAGUUCGACUUCCGGUACUCAGUCCUCAAGAUGGUCAACACGACCUCGCAGGGCCGCCAGAGACUGGGACCCCCGGGCAAGAGGGCGAAGUCACGUGACGGGUCUAGCUCGGGAAGGUCGCAGCAGCAAGAAAGUGGAAAGCCGCCUAAACCGAAACGCGCAGACUCCGUUAGAGGGGCGGAUGUGUCUACAGGCGCGCCUAACAUCAGACUCCAGCUGGGUAUGUUCACUCUUUACCCCGCAGUAGGGAGUGUACCUGCCGGGGGUACCGCCCAGAUCACUGUCGACAUGAUGGCCGAGACCCCGGGAUUUAGCGAGGAGGACAUUGCUAUCGACAUCUCGGAUCGUCCUCCUACGGACCACCCCCAGGGCAUCCCGUACAAGCUGAUUGGCGAGACGUGCGUACCAGGCAUCUCCAUCAUCUCUCCCGAGACCGUGGGCUCAAUCUUCGAGGAGCACGUGAUCGUCAAGCAGCUCAACUUAUUCCAGUACCUGACGCAUGACCUGGCCAGUGGAGCGGGCGUGUACGGCGAGGACGAGAACAAGUUCAUCUUCUACAAUACCAUUGUGGGCAGGAAGGCGAAGGCGCGCUUCAGGAUAAGCAAUAGUAACAAGGUGCCUUGUGACGUAGUUCUUUCCGUAAAACCGCUAUCCAAUAAGCCAUCUGCUCGCUGGCACGACGUGUACGAGAUCGAGCCCCAGCGUGCAUCCAUCCCCGCGCAUGGUCACAUCUACGCUACCGUGACCUUCUGCCCUCCCUCCAUGCAAUCGUACUCCGCUAUCAUGGAAGCUGCAGUCGAUGGCAUGCCUAGCAACGUGUCCAAAUAUCGCAACCUCAUCUUUGACAUACAAGGUGAAGGUAACUUGCCCCGCAUCACGGUGGUCCGUCCGACUGCACGCAACAAGAAGGGGGCACCUGUUCUCUUAUUCAACCGCCUCCUGUUAGGCCGCACCCAGGUACUACCCCUAGUGCUGCGUAACGACGGUAGCCUGACAUCACAUGUCAACAUCGACCUGAAGGACUCGGCGGGUGUAUACAAGAUCGUACCUACCGAGGAAACCAAGGCUUUCAUCCCUGAAGACAGUGAUAGCACAGACCCCAAGACCCGCGUUCACACCGCCUCCGUAUCCGUGCCUAUGGAUAAAACCGCUGAAUUCCGCGUGGAAUUCACGCCCAGCAGCACUGGGAGACUUGUGGGCGGGCUCAAGCUUUCUGUGGUGGAUAACCCGUAUGAGGAGGGUGCAAUACAGCUUAUAGGGGAGGGGUAUGAAGACGAGGUUACCAUUGACAACAUACGAGCCGCUGCUGUACCUCAGGAAGAGGCACCUGCAGUCACGAACAUAACGGAGGACACCCCUGCGUCCCGCGAGAAUCACAUCCGCUUCGAGGACUGCCAAAUCGGCAUUUCCAAGCAACUGUCAUUCACACUGACAAACCACUCGACCACGGAUCCUAUUCGGUUCAGCUGGUCACCGCCACCAGAGCUCACAUUCUCGCCCUGUAUCGGGCAUUUGCAGCCGGGCUGUGCAAAGGACAUCGCCAUCAGCUUUAUGUCGGCCAAGCCUAAGACAAUGAAAGCCGAGAAUGUACCGUGUAAAGUAGUAAAGAUAAAGUUGGGCGAAGCGCAGGACAGGCCUUUAGACUGGGAUGACCGCAUGCGAGUAGUAAAGUGGGUGGACAUGGAAGAUGCCGCCCCCUCCAAACCGGAAGAAGAAUUACCCGGAAGGGCCAAGCUCGUCAAGCCUACCAAGAAGCGGGUGGUGGAAGUGGAACCUGAGCCUGCGUACGCAGCCCUAGGGGACAGCAGUCGAGACGUAGAGCUACUGGUCAGCAGUGUUUGUGACUACGCCAAGGUCAAGUGCAAGGCAGAGAGCGUUCAUUUCAAGGAUACACUCAUGUUUCAGACCCGUGUCUUCAGCAUCACCUUGUCCAAUAAGGGGGACGUUCAAGCGAAUUACCGCUGGUCAUUCGAGCCUCUGGACCGUGCCAAAAUAGUCAGCAUCGCUUCAGAUACCGGACAAGCAGCCGAUCGGCCAUCGACGUCCGGCGGACGGUCCAUUAGCCAGCAGACCGGACGUGCUAGCACUGUGGUCACUAGUUCUUCGGGAGCUACAAGGCCUGCACCCGUGGUGAGACCGCCCUCCUCUCUUGGGGGCCGCCCCGCUAGCGCCCUCGCUCUAGCGUAUGAGGCUGGAAGCGUGGUGAGCGAAGGCGCUGAUGUGUUCCCCUUCACCAUUGAGCCGGAAAGUGGGUGUGUCGCGGCAGGCAAGAAAGCAACCUUCCUGGUUAAGUUCGCACCGCUAGAUGUGAUGGAUUACGAGGCUGCAUUGGUCUGCACCAUUCAGAACGCUCAGGCCGGCAAAGAAACCCUUACUAUCCCAGUCCGUGGUCGCAGCCUGCUUCCAUACGCCCACUUCGAGCUGGACGAGUCUGACUACAUCUCUGGAGGGAGGCGUAACCCCGAGCUCCGCGGCCCAGGGGGUGCACCCCCUGGCUCAACCCUUGACCAAAGUACCAGGGUCAUCGAGUUCAAGUCUUGCGGUGUCAAGGUCAAGAACAUCAAACGUUUUUACGUACUGAACCCUACCAGCACCACCUAUUCCUUCACGUGGACCAACGAGGACACAAUUGAUGGCACGCCCCCCGACAACUCCAACUUCCGGUGCCUCACCCCUCAGGGUGUCAUCAACAGUGGGAAGAAGGCCGAGAUGGUGUUCGACUACGUGUCAGACUCCUUGGAGCUUCAGGAGUCCUUCUGGAGAUUCUUCGUGCCCGAGCACAGCAUCUCUGUACCCUUCGUGUUGGUUGGACACACAGUAGAGCCGGCGUUAUCCUUUGAUCGCUCCCAUAUCAACUUCAGAGAGAUGUUGCUAGGCCAGCCCGUUAAGCAGACAGUCCAGCUCAUUAACGAUGAGAACCUUCCAUUCACCUUUGCUUUUAACGAAGCGUCCUGCCACACUGACGGCUACGCAUCCAGUCUGAGGGUUGAACCAAUGGGAGGCACAGUCCCUCCCAAGUCAAGGCUUCCAAUCGAGAUCUCGUUCACCGCCACGGCGCAGAAGGAAGUGAACUUUAACGUGUUCUGUACGAUAAAGAAGAAGACGACCCCCUUGACGCUGAACGUGAAGGCAGAGGGCUAUGCCAUGGACGCUCAACUUUACUGCGAGGACUCACAAGGCAACAAAGUGGCGCUCACCGCCAAGGGCACCAACAGGAUCAAUCUCGGAGAGGUGGAAAUCAACGAGAAAGCCAUUCGAUCUCUUUUCAUCGUGAACUCCGGGAAGUUCAACUUUGACUUCAGCUGGGAGCUGGUCAUGCGCGGUAAGGUCAAGAACAUGCGCCUGGCGGACGGUGAGCGUGUCGUGUCCAUCUCUCCUGAGGACGGGACCGUCCCGUGCAGCAGCCGUAAGCGAUGCCAAUUGGUGUUCUGCCCGCCGAGUCGACUCAACUUACAGGACUGUAAUCUGUUACUAAGGAUUACCAACGGUCCAACUUUCAGUAUCAACGUGACGGGCUCGGGCGUGCAGCCUGGAUUAAGCUUCUCUUUCCUCAAAUACGACUUCGGUCCGUGCUUCCUGUACCGUGCGGGCAUGCCCCUAAAGAGAACAACAUUGAGCAUUAGGAAUGAUGACACUAAAGACAUCAGUGUCGAGUGCCAAUAUGAGAACACCUCCCACCUCGAAGUGAACGCGACCCCGGGUGUACUGACCCCAGGGCAGAUAAUGCUGAUAGACCUUCUUCUCUACCCGAGAGAAGUCAAGCGCUACCACGAGACCAUCCCGUUUGAGAUCAACGGCCUGUCGACUAUGAACGUAGAGAUAUUCGGAGAAGGAACCGACAUGAAGGUGGAAGUAGCCAACCCCGCGGAUAAGAGGAUCAACUUUGGCGCAUUGCGCAUCGGUCAAGUCGCACAGCGCACAGUCAAGCUGAUCAACCGUAGCCCCGCGGCGAUUAACUUCUCCUUGGCCAUCACUCCAUCCCUGAUGCAACUACAGCCCGGUAACGUCCUGACGAUCAGCCCCACUAGCGAGAUCACUCUCAAGCCGAACGGGGGAACGUGUAACGUGGAUGUCGCCUUCACGCCUAAAGCCCGCAUCCCCGAGUUCACCGAGGAGGUGAUGCUGGAGUGUGCGGGCAUGUCCCAACCCAUCUUCGUGGUGUCUGCGUCGUGCCAGGGGAUCGAGGUCGGGCUGGAUAACGACUCCGUCCCAUUCGGCGCCGUCAUGAUGGGUAGCCAGAGCACGCGCAAGCUGAUCAUGCACAAUACGGGGGAUGUGGGCGCGGCCUUCGCGUGGAAUGCGGACAAGUUCCGGCCUGACUUCAGCAUCACCCCCAAAAAGGGAUACAUCUCCUCCGGUAUGGAAGUGCCAUUCGAGAUCGCAUUCCAUCCGAAGGUCCCGAACCAUGAUAUCAGAUAUGAGGGUCUACGCUGUGCUAUAGAAGGAAGCAAGCCUCUGAAGCUCGUCCUGACCGGAAGUUGUAUCGCACAAAUGCCGUUGAAAGAGGUGCUUCACUUCAGUACGCAUGUGCGGACACGUGAUCAGCGUAACCUAGUGAUUCAUAAUCGCACCAAUCAGCUGUGGAUGCUGCGCCCGGUGAUCGAAGGUGAACACUGGUCCGGCCCAGACUCGAUCACCGUGGAACCCCAACAGAGCAAGAACUACGAGCUGACUUACCGACCCCUCAUCAUGACCCAGGAGGGCAAGAAACACACGGGCUCUGUGUUCUUCCCGUUACCUGACGGUAGCGGAUUACUGUACAAUGUAACCGGUACAGCAGAAGCUCCCAAACCCAUCAACAACAUCCAGCGAGACGUGCCGUGUAAGACGCAAUACACGGAGCAACUCACUGUCACCAACUGGCUCAGGCGACCGCAAAGGUUUCGUGUGACUAUUGAGAUGCUGAAGCCUGAGAAACCAGACAACUCGACGACCAUCAAGGGAUUGGACUACAUUGAUGUGCCGGGACUCUCUAAGAAGGAAUACAAGCUCAACUUCUUUGCGCACAAGGAGGGCACCUUCAGCGCUAAGGUCAUCUUCCGUAACGAGACAAGCGGCGAAUUCAUGUACUAUUACGUCAUGUUCAAGGCGACAUCUCCCGGCGUUAUGGCGGGCAUCGAGCUGUCCACGCCAGUCCGCAAGAGCACCUCACACGUAGUCACCCUGAACAACCCUCUCAACACCCCAGUCACCUUCAGCACGCAGUGCUCCGUGCCUGAUCUCCAAAUGCCACCGAGUUUCACCGUGCCACCCAACUCAGAGGGCUCGUGUAUGUUCGAAUACCUACCUCUCAAAGCUGGUGAAACCAACACUCGUCUGGCCUUCCUGAGCUCCGAGCUCGGCGCCUAUCAUUACGAUCUCUUUCUCACCGCCACCCCCGCGGGACCGGAACCACCCGUACACUUCCGCGCAAGCCUGGGCACCAGUCAAGUCCAAACCUGCAGGUUCAUGAAUUUUGCCAAGUCUAAAGUGGAAUAUGCGUGCAAGGUCGAUAACACUGACUUCCACGUUGAAAAGACUAUAACCGCAGCCUCGGCUUCAAGUGGAGGCACUGAAGUUGGCGUUGACGUCACGUACGAGCCCGCACGCCUUGGGGACACGCGCGCGAUUUUGACCGCCACGUCUGCCACGGGCGGAGAGUACACCUUCCCUCUUUUCGGUCACUGCUCGCCUCCCAAGCCACAGGGUCCGUACUCCAUCAAAGCGGGUUCCACCACCAAUAUUCCAUUCAAGAACGUGUUCUCCAACACCACUCAAUUCAUGUUCUGCGUCGACUCACCGUGUUUCAAUGUCAAGGCCACCGAGACGAUUCGCGCCAAAAAGACGCACAAUGUCAUCGUCGGCUUUGAAGGCAACCAGGGUGGCUCCAAGGCACCACGCAUGGGCAAGUUGAUGGUCACGUGUCCACGGAGCGCAGGGGGUGCCGGGAAUGUCACGUGGACCUUCUAUCUGAAAGGUGUCACUCCGUAAUAAUUCUGAUAAAAUCACUUAAAAUUCCUAAUGUUUCUUUAAAAAAUGUGUUACUUACUUGAAUAAGUCUAUGGUUCGGUAAAAGAUUGUGUGUAAUAUUUAGAAGUUUUCAAUAUUUUCCAUUGUAUAGUUUAUUGAAUAUUGUACAGAAGUAUUCACCAGGGAGCUUACUAUUUGUAUUUUUCUGUAUCCUGAUGUUCCUAUAAUAAACUGUUUUCAGGAUAA